CACUGGGGCGCUAAGAUGGCUUCAACGAGCUGGCUGCAUGGCCCCAACAUUACUCGUUUAACGGAAGGGCUGGUGUCCGUUUUAAAGGAGGAGAGACCUGAAUUUCUACCCGCUCUUCUAGCAAACUACCGUGAGCAUGCAGCGGUUGGGACUCAGAGCUCUGGAGCUGUGGGUGGUCUGGUGGGUCUCAGUAAUGCACGGCUCGGGUCCAGUAAAACCAGGUUUGAGGGCCUGUGUCUUCUGUCUGUGCUGGUGAAGGACAGUUCCAGUGAAGUGUUUCAGCAGCAUUGCCUGUCAUGGCUACGAACACUGCAGCAGAUCAUCCAGUCGCAGGCUCCUCUCCCGACCGUGCAGCUGGCUGUGAAUGUUCUGCAGGACUUGUUACAGUACUCGUCUCAGCUGCCGGAGCUGGCCAGAGAGGUGGGACUCAACUCCAUCCUGGGCAUCCUGACCUCACUGCUCAGUCUUAAAUCAGAGUGCCACCUAGCUGCUAUGAAGGGAAUGAUGGCGUGUAUGACCUACUACCCACGAGCUUGCGGAUCUCUGCGGGAAAAGCUUGGAGCAUAUUUCCUCUCAAAGAUGGACUCAGAUAAUCCAAAAGUACAAGAGGUGGCUUGUGAGUGUUAUGGCCGAUUGCCCUGUCUGGGUGGAGUGUUGGAGCGAGGUGGAGGUGGGCGCAGGGCUGAGGGCUGGACCAAUCAGCUGCACUGCCUUCUAGCAUCAGCCAAUAACAUACUGGGACAGCUGUAUCAUGGUGCAGAAACGGAAGGGACAGUGCAGUAUGAGGGUCCUGGUGUGGAGCUGCCUUUCCCCCCUCUGGAUGAUGUAGAUCCACUUCUGAUCCUUCAGCUCCAACAUCGCUACAAGGCCGUUACUCUGGCUAUAAAACACACACUUAGUGUUGAUCCUGCAUCUUCAGUCCGUCUCCCUGUCCAACAUGUGCUUAAUUUGGUGUGUCGAGCUCUGGCCGUCAACACAAAGAGCAUUAGUCCAACAGGUGAUGGAUGUCAGAAGCUGUUGGUUUUACCCUCAAUACACAAUGACACUCUGGAGUUGCUCUCUGCCCUCAUCAAAGCUGUUGGUGGUGGACUGGUCCAGUAUAGCAGUGUGCUCACAAGGCUUUUCUCUCAGUCUUUGUCUGCAUGGACGCCUCUGCCUGAGGCCAGUCUUGGCCAGCAGAGAGCAUACAGUGCAGUGCGAGUGGCAGUGUACCGCCUCAUAGAACUGUGGGUAAGAGUAGGAGGAGCCGCUCUGCUUCAGGGAAGCCCUUCACACACAGAGUUACUGUUCACUCACCUGAUGGGUGACGUGACACCAGGAUCAGAAGCAGUCAAGCUUCGUUCUGUGCAACAGUCAUCAAUGACUGACCUGAUUGGCUCUGCUGGCAAGUCUGGUCCUCGUCGAGCUAAAGGAAUAGGUGAAGGAUUGUCAAUACAGAGGAAAGGAGAUGUGCUCGCAAAUCAAGACACGUGCGUCGCUGCUCUUCGGGCAUUGAGACAGAUCGUUUUGACCAGUGGCACUUUGCUGAAAGAAGAACUGCAUAAGAGAAUCCAAGACCUGGUGGUUCCUCUGUGUGUGCGUCUGCAGCAGCAGGCUCACUGUGUGCAGGAGGUCGGGGCUAUUAGUGGACAGUAUGGCAGUCCUUCUCCUCGCCGAGAACUCUAUCGAGUGUUACUUGCACUUGUGUUGGUGCCUUCUCCCCGCUGGCCUCCUCCACUGUCCUGCGCUGUCUCCAUCUUCAGCCACGGCCGCAGAGACCGCAACAUCAAGGUAUCGUCAUUCUGUGCUGAAGCUCUGAUCAUAUGCAACACUCUUAUUCAUCCUCGCACACCCUCAAUCUCACUCCCUCUCACGCCUCUAACUCUUAAAUCAACCCCAUCGGCCCCUGUCCUAGCCUCUGGCCAAAACUCCUCACUAUCUAUUCCUACCCUUCUUGGUGGACCCACAACCGGGCCACCUUUCCCUGCAAGGCAUCCCAUGGGCUUAGGCCCUGCUAAUCUCCUUGGAUCUCUGGAGAACCAUCUACCAUUGGCUCCUCAAGUUCUGUCAUCUUCAGCAGGCACACCAGGUGACCUGCUGCUCUCCCCCGCCCAACCCGGAGAACUGACAGGCCUCGGAGUCCCUGAAGGUCAGCGGCAGGUUUUUGUUCGAUAUGACAAAGAAGAGCCAGAAGAUGUGGAGAUCUCUUUGGAGAGCGAUUCAGAUGAUAGCGUGGUCAUCAUGCCAGCUGGUAUGAUGAUGGAGAUGCAAGAUGGAGCAGCAAAUGCACAAUCGUUGUCUCAACCAGCAGUAUCGACAGUAGGAGGCCUGCAGACCUCCACCCCAGUGGUGGGUGAGGUUGGAUCAGCUGACACAUCUUCAACUAAUGAGCUGCCUGGUUCCAUUCCCCACCAGAUUAUGCCUGCUAAUAACAUUAACUCCUUUCCUGGACCAAAUCAAACAGCUCAGCAUGUGGCUAUAGUGCCGCCUCUAAACUCUGCCACAGCUUCACUCUCAGCCACAGUCGUUGGUCUUGCGGAUUCGCUAACAGGUGGACCGCAGCUUCAGCAGAUGUUAAUGCAAACUUCUCCAGGUGGGCAACCACCAACACUGGGCCUGUCUUUGCAGAUGCAACUUCAAAACCAGAUCGCUCAGACCAGCCGUCAGCUUCAACAGCAGCCUACAGGAAAUGACGUUGACCAGAAUGUUAUCAACAUCAACAGCUCGGAUGACGAGGAGGAGGAUGAAGAGGAGCUGGAGGAGGACGAUGAAUUGGGGGAGGAGGAGGAAGAGGAGGAGGGUUUGGAGGAUGAGGAGGAGGAGGAAGGCAGCGAUUAUAUAGAUGAUGAAGAGUACCUUGAGGGAGAGGAAUUUGAGUAUGAAGACGAUGAGGGUGAGGAUGAGGAUGAAGAGGAGAGCGAGGAAAUCCAGCCGUUGGAGGGAGAUGAUGGCAGAGCAAUAAUAGGUGAGGAGGAGGCAGAGGUCAUGAUUGAGCCAGAAGAGCAGCAGAGGUUAGAAAUGUUCUGCAUUGAGGGAGAACGAGAAGUUGAACCCGGGAUCGAGGAGAUGGAGGGUGUGAGGAGCAUCUAUGCCGAGGACAGGAUCAAGGAGAAGUCGACCUUGGAGGAAAUUGAGAACAUUGGAGCGGUUGAGAGAAACGAACCUGUGAUUGACAAGCAACAAAUAGAGACUCUUGUGAUCGGGGGAGAUGUAGAGGAGCCUGAGGAGGACACCACCGUGGAGGCAGUCGAACCUGAAGUGAAAGAAUGCGAGCAGGAAGAGGUGAAGCCAGAAGAUCCUGCCAAAGAAGAAGAAGCUGGGCCGUCACAGCAGGGUCAGGAAGUAAUUGUGGAGGACGAGGUUCAAAAGCAAGAACCAGAAUUGCAGCCUAAAGACAAAGCUGAUCAGAGUGCACCAUCCACAUCUGAACAGGAGACAAUAGAGAGUGUAGCUGAGACAGUGGAGGAAGAAAAAGAGACCACUGAAGAGAAAGAUGAUGAAGAGACAAGAGGAACAAAGAGGAAAAUGGAGGAUCGUGAGGAGGGAGAGUCUUCUGAACAAGGGUCCGAAAAGAAAAAGAUAGAUGAUGAGGCAAUGGCUUCCAUGCUGGCUGACUUUGUGGACUGCCCUCCAGACGAUGAUGAUCACGGUGCCUCACAGACACAGUCCUAACAUGACCAAACAUGUCAUACAAACAAACGCCACGUCACCUAGUCUAAUCCUGAAUGGUCACACAUGGUCAGAUCUCACAGAGAGUGUCCCAUCAAACUCUGCUGUAGUUGCACUAGAGAAGCUCCAAAGUGAAGAGUUUUUAAGAUUUCAGGUUUAAAAAGUACCUUUUCUCCAAUAUAACUACAAAAACGGUUCAUAAUCCUUCUUGGUAGUCAUGAGUGGUGUUUUUCCUUUUUGGCAGCUUAAUAGAAAUAUGAUACUUAUGUAGUCUCAAGUAUUCAAACGUGCUUUUAUCAGCUUGGACAAUAUGGUUAAUGUUGUUUUGUGGCAUCGUUUUCUUUUCUUUUUUUUUUUGUAGUAUCAAUUGUAUAUGUAACACGUGUACUUGGCAUUGUGUUAUAUGCAAUCAUGCAAUAAAGUGAACUGGUUAUGGCA